AAAGGAACCAUCAUGGCUGCUGGUUCUCAGAUCAGUGUCUCCUGCGGAUGAACCCUGCUCAAGCAGCGAUGGAUCAGAGGUGUUGGUGGGAAAACGCAGAAACGGAUCUUCUGGACAAUUUGACCUGAAGAGAAGCAACACAGGCUGUGAGAGACUCCAGGGCUGCAGAUGGAGAAUGGAGACCUGGGUCACAUGAUGGGGGCGCCAGUGACUCUGAACGUGGGCGGUUGUAUGUACAGCGUGACUCUGUCCACACUGCAGCGUUAUCCAGAAUCCAUGUUGGGAGCCAUGUUCAGUGGAGACUUCCCCACAGUGAAGGACUCUCAUGGAAACUACUUCAUCGACCGGGACGGCCCACUGUUUCGCUACGUCCUCAACUUCCUGCGGACGUCGGAGCUCACGCUGCCGUGCGACUUCAAGGAGAGGACGCUGCUCAGGAAGGAGGCGGACUUCUAUCAGAUCGAGCCCCUGAUCCAGUGCCUGGGAGACCCCAGACCCGCGCUGCACUACCCCACUGACACUUAUGAGGAGGUGGUGGAACUGUCCAGCACCAGGAAACUGUCUAAAUACUCCAACCCCGUCGCAGUCAUCAUCACACAGCUCACCAUCACCACCAAGGUCCAUGCAGUGUUGCAGUCCAUCUCCAGCAGUUUCACAAAGUGGAACAAACACAUGAUGGACACCAGAGACUACCAGGUGUCCUUCACCUUCGGACCAUGUGACCACCAACAGGAAAUCGGCCUGCGUGUCCACCUGCUGGACUUCAUCUCCAAAGCUGGUUUCGCAAUACGCAACACACGUGUUCACCACAUGAGUGAACGAGCCAAUGAAAACACGGUGGAACAUAAUUGGACGUUUUGCCGACGAGUUCGGAAAGUUAAUGACUGACGGAUUAACCAGAGGGAUGGACUGGACUUUACCAUGGUGUCUUCAGAGAGACAGAGACCUGUUGGUGAUCGUGGUUUUGUCGAUAUGUGUUGAUGUUUUGCAUGAUGUGUGUUUGUGAGUCUGCUCAGAUGAGUUACUGUCAGGCUAGCACAUUAGCCGCUUUUGGUACAAUAUCGUGAAGAUUUAACAUAAAUCUCAUUUGCUCUAUUAUAUACAUACAGUAUAUACAUAUGGCUAAUACAACAAUUUUUUAGGAACUAGUGGUCUUUCAGGUUAGACUGUCUGAAGACGAAUGACAAGAUGGCUUCCAAAGGUGAAGCCAAAAUAUCUUGAGCGCCCCCUGGUGGCUGGUUACAACAAAGGUCUUAAACCCUUCCUCCUCCACGUUAACAGAGAGGACAUGGACCAAAGUACAGAUCUGCCCUAUCACAAAUCUGUUAUGUGUCAAAAACUAUGAAUGAAUAAUAAUUGCCAAUAAAACAAUCUGAAAAGUGAUCAUCUUGGGUUCUUUUUACUUCUAAACUUCAGAUCUCAACUUGUCUACUAGACGAGUGUAAUGGAAAAUGUUACCAGUAUAGCACGCUUGUAUUAUCUCUGUCUGUGCAGACUAUCUCUCCCUGUGAAACUCAGAGCCACAUAUCUGCAGAAUGCUUGUCUCCCACCACCAAGACCUUGAGGAGGCCUUCAGCAGGUGUUUGGGUCUUAUCUCCUGGAAUUUCACUAUUCACUCAGUUUGCACACACACAACUAACAUAGUUAACACACACACACACAUUUCUUCAUUGUAUCUUCAUAAAAAGCAUACGCCUGCAGCUGUUUCUUUGUCAUUAUGUAUGCCUGUCUGACCUUCCAUGAAAGGAAUAAAAUCAUCUCAAAAGAC